UGGUUUUAUAGUAACCUGUAAAUGAAGCUAUCAUGAUAGCUCGGUCAACCAAUUUGAUAAAGUGAAGUAAGAAUUCUAGAAGCCAUGGAGGCAAUCGACGUCGGGAUAAACUUUUCUACUGGCAGUAACAUGUCACGCAACGUUUCGCUCGAGUACAGCCACAAUGGUUGCGAACUCCUGAACCUCAUGGAGGGCUCAGACUUGAAGGUCCCUCUCUACGGGUAUGCCAUGCCAGUGUUGCUGAUCACAACCACCACAGCCAACACGCUUAUUGUGGCUGUACUUAGCCAGAGAAACAUGAAGACUCCGUCGAACACAAUCUUGAUGGCGAUCUCGCUAGCCGAUUUGUUUACGCUCGUCGUGCCGUCUCCUGUCUUCUUCUACAUGUACACACUAGGACACUAUCAGAAGACAUUACUGACGAACUCGGUGGCGUGUUACGCAUGGACUUAUCUCAGUGAUGUGCUACCGACCCUUUUCCAUACAGCCAGCAUAUGGUUAUCUCUUGCCUUAGCCGCUCAGCGAUACAUUUACAUUUGUCAUUCGCCCACUGCGCAUGUAUUUUGCACACAGCCUCGCGUUGUGAUAAUAAUCAUCAGUAUAUUUUUUGCUGCUCUCAUUCAUCAGCUUCCAAAAUUCCUUGAUUUCAGUUACGAGUUAAACCCACUUGUGCAUGGCGGGACUCCGGUUUGCUAUAUAUGCACCGCAAAAUGGGUGAAUGAAGUUGGAGUGGCUGUCUACUACCCAAUCUAUUUCUGGUUGCGAGUAAUCUUUGUUCAUCUAUUGCCAUGCGCAUUAUUGCUUCUUUUUAAUUGGCUCCUCUAUCAAACAGUGAGACAAGCACAAAAAUCAAGGAACAGGCUAUUGCAAGAAAAUCGCAAAAGCGAAUACAAGAAGGCAAGAGAGCGUAACUGUACCACGAUGAUGUUGCUUGUGGUUGUUUCUAUCACAACCGUCACUGAGAUCCCGCUCGCCAUCUUGACAUUCCUGCACAUCCUCACUAACUCUGGCGUAGAAGUUUUAUCUUCUGAGGAUUACGCCUCAAUAUAUAAAUAUAUUGCACUAUCUAAUUUCUUCAUCAUCUGCUCAUACCCUCUGAACUUUGCCGUUUACUGCAGCAUGUCACGUCAAUUCCGUGAAACUUUCGCAGUUUUGUUCCUGAAUCGGUUGGGAUCGAAACGACUCGCUCGCGAGGACUCUUCUCGCUACUCAACCGUGAACGGUCACAGGACGAGUGAGACGGUUCUCUGAGUAAGGAAGAGGAUUCGGGGGCGACUAUCGUCACGACGACGAUCUUCAUCAGGACGUCUGCCAGGUCAUACGUCUCCAACGGAUCACAAUGUUCCACAAAUCGUAGAGGCCGUUGACAUCGCGACGUCUAACCCAAUAUCAAUUCUCAAAAUGCCUCCGUCUCCUUCCUCCGAUGCCGUGCAAACUAUUGUGGCUGUGACCCACGAAGACAAAAGCAGUGCUAAAGCCGCCAGUUUAGCGCCCACCGUCCAUUUCGGUGAUUAUAACGAGUCAAUUGACGCUGAAUCCUUGACUGGCGUUAGCAGCACUGAUAAACAACUAAGACUAUUUACUGAAACGACUUUGUAAUGUUUGAUUUGUAUCUAUCAUUUGCAAAGUUUCGAACGUAAAAAUUGCAAGUGGAAUAGUGUGAUAUUUAUUAUAAGCAAACACUAUAGUAUUUCGCUUCUGAGGAGUAAAGGUGUUUGUAAAUAUCAAAGCAUAUAUGUUUUUUGGAUCUACUUUAGAUUCAGGACUUUCACAAUCAUGAAUGAUGUACAGGUGAAACUUUA